GUCUUUCAGUGCUACACACACCCCGCUACUUUGUAAAGAAAGAGCCAAAAUUGACGUAAACAUGCGCUGAAAUCACAUUCGUGCGUGUCAUUCCGCUUGAAAAAAUAGAUUCCACGACAAAAAUGGCUUCCACAUCAAACUCGGAGUCGCCUUCUGUGUCUGACAAGGAAAAAAGCAGGAGUGCACUUUGCGAGGAGUUCGCCACUAUAACGGGAACUGAUAGCGCCGUUGGUCAAUGCUACCUGGCUGAAAACGACUGGGAGAUGGAGAGAGCUGUGAACUCGUUCUUCGAGGCAGACAUGGAGAGGAUAUUUGAGGAAGACUUCCAGGAGAGCGGCUGCAUCCCUCCGAAAAAGAAGCAGAAAGUGGAGGCAGAGCCUUCAAAGGACUGCAUCGACUUGACCGGAGACAGUCCAGUUGCACGGAAACCCCCGGAGGAAGAUGACGGCAAGCUGUCCCUGAUCUCCUGGAACGUGGACGGACUGGACCCGGACAACCUGGCAGAGCGGGCCAGAGGCCUGUGCUCCUACUUAGUGCUAUACACCCCUGAUGUGGUAUUCCUGCAGGAACUCAUCCCACCUUAUGUUCAGUACUUGAAGAAACGGGCUGUCAGCUACCUCAUCAUUGAAGGUGGUGAAGAAGCUUAUUUCACAGGAAUGAUGCUAAAGAAAUCCAGAGUAAAAUUCUUGGAGAGUGAGAUUGUAACUUAUCCCACCACACAGAUGAUGAGGAAUCUACUUGUAGCUCAGGUGACGUUCAAAGAUCAGAAGUUGUGCCUGAUGACUUCCCACCUUGAAAGCUGUAAAGGCCACGCUCAGGAGCGGAUGAAGCAGCUGCACACGGUGAUGCAGAGGAUGAAAGACGCUCCUGAUGAUGUCACCGUCCUGUUUGGAGGGGACACGAAUCUGAGGGACACCGAGGUAGCCAAAGUGGGCCUACCGUCUGCCGUCUGUGACGUGUGGGAGCGACUGGGCAAGCAGGAGCACUGCCGCUACACGUGGGACACCAAGGCCAACAGCAACAAGACCGUUCCCUUCGUCAGCCGCUGCCGCUUCGACCGCGUCUACCUCCGGCCAGCGUCCAAAGAAGAAGUGCCACGUCUGACCCCAGAUCACAUGGCCCUGAUCGGACUAGAGAAGCUGGACUGUGGCCGCUACACGAGCGAUCACUGGGGCCUUUACUGCAGCUUCACCGCAGGGUAGAAACACUCGAAACAGCUGGAAGCAUUUUAGCGAACAUCUGCUGCUCCCGUUUUUUUAUCAGCCAAACUGUCUUUGAAAAUAGGCCCGAGCUGACGUUUGUUGCUUGUUAAUGUUAGAUCCUGAUUUGUUUUUGAUCUCCAUGCAGUUUUAAGAUAGUUAAUAAAAACAUUCGUCCUGUUUGGAAACCACA